GGGGGAGAAACACCGGGACUCCCUGAGUCCCCCCCACUUCCAGGGGCACCGAAGCUCCCUCAGGGGCCAUGGCGGGGGCUGCCCGGCCGCCAUCUCCGCUGAGGAGAAAGGGGCGGGGCCGCCGGGGCUGAAGUCCCCGUGCCCAACGGCCCCAGGCGUCGCCUCGCCCUGCGCCAUGGCGGGGGAGCUGCCGUCGGUGGAGGCGUGCCUGGAGCGGUACAUCCCGGCCUCGGACCUCGCCGACGUCAAGCGGAUCCUCUACGGCGGCGAGGCGAGAAAACUGAAUUUGCCAGAUGCUGCUCUAUCAGCAGCUCAGGAAAGAGAUUUUGAGCUACUGGGCUAUGGAUUUGAUGCUGCUCCAGAGCAAUUGAGAAGGCCACGUAUCGUUCGAGUAGGACUGGUGCAGAAUAAAAUUCCGCUUCCCACAGACACAGCCGUGGCAGUGCAGGUGGCUGCCCUGCACAAACGAAUUGAGGAGAUUGUGGAAGUAGCUGCAAUGUGUGGGGUCAACAUAGUUUGUUUCCAGGAGGCAUGGACCAUGCCCUUUGCUUUUUGUACAAGAGAGAAACUUCCCUGGACUGAAUUUGCUGAGUCAGCAGAGGAUGGACCAACAACAAAAUUCUGUCAAGAGCUGGCAAAGAAAUACAAUAUGGUUGUGAUAUCUCCAAUCCUGGAGCGAGAUGAAAUACACGGAGGAACUCUGUGGAACGCUGCAGUGGUCAUUUCUAAUUCUGGAGCUGUCCUUGGCAAAAGCAGGAAAAAUCACAUUCCAAGGGUUGGAGACUUCAACGAGUCUACAUACUACAUGGAAGGAAAUACAGGGCAUCCAGUGUUUCAGACGCAGUUUGGAACAAUUGCUGUGAACAUCUGCUAUGGGCGCCAUCACCCUCUGAACUGGCUCAUGUACAGCAUGAACGGAGCAGAGAUCAUCUUUAACCCUUCAGCCACUAUUGGAACACUCAGCGAGUCACUGUGGCCAAUUGAAGCAAGAAAUGCUGCCAUAGCUAAUCACUGCUUCACAUGUCCCAUCAACAGAGUGGGAACGGAAUACUACAAAAAUGCCUUUACUUCAGGGGAUGGUGGAAAAGCACACCAUGACUUGGGCCAUUUUUAUGGCUCAAGUUAUGUAGCUGCACCAGAUGGCAGUAGGACCCCAGGACUCUCUCGAAUUUAUGAUGGACUUCUUGUGGUAGAGAUGGAUCUAAAUCUUUGCAGGCAAGUCAGUGACAUAUGGAAUUUUAAGAUGACCGGUAGAUAUGAAAUGUAUGCAAAAAAGCUCACUGAAGCAGUCCAGCCUUAUUUUACACCCAAUAUAAUCCGAGAGUGAGAGGCCAUCUCGUUACACUCAAAUGUUACGUAAUAAAUGAAAAGAUACUAAUGGAUGCUAAAUUUACUACAAAUCGCAAGUUAUUUCCAUGCUGUCAAUUUAAUUUCCUGUAACAAAAUUUUAAAUAGUAGAGUUCAAAACUGUGUUAAGUAAAGUAAUUGUAAAGUGUCUUUGUUUGUUUGUUUUAAUUUACACUAAGGAUUCCAAAUUUUUACUCCUUACUAGAAUUAUAUUCAUUGAGGAAUACUUUAAUAUGAAAUCAUGACAACAUUUAUUCAGUACUUUGUACAGGGAUAUAUAGAAAGGAUGAAUUCAGAGGAGAUAAAUUUUUAAAUAAGCUUUUCAA